UCGAGUCAGAGGAAAUGAAAAGAAGAUGAAGCAAUAACUUAAAGACGGACUGUUUUUAAAGCGUGUUACUGCUGAAUGUUUCAGAUGCUUUGACUGUUUGUUCAGCAGCUCUGACCUGCCACUGUGAAGCCUGAAUGACCUCGAGGCCUCGGUGUCCAGAUGCAACACGCUUUUAUUUUGAAGGCGACUUCCCGUUUCUUCCUGUACCGCCUCGGUUAAAUGCUGUGGAGUUGACGGAGCUGGUGCAGCGGACGGUCGGCGGCGGCUCUUCUCCGGUCGGUGCUGACGGUCACCGGAGACACCGAGUCCCUGCUGAACAUCGGCGGACCUGAUUGAAGACUGCGGAGGACACACAGGCCGACGAUGAUGAUGUCGGAGAACCUGGAGCAGAGUGAGGACGUCGGCGUCCUGCCCCCGCAUGAGCUGGAGCCCCCCAGGGAGGAGGACGGACACUGCCCCCUGCCGUUCAGGCUGCAGCUGAUCGACGACCUGUCCUACGAGGACGUAAAGAAGUGCUACAGAGGAUCGACUGUCAGCAAGUACAACUCUCAGUACCACAAACUGUUCCAGACUGUUCCUAAAGAAGAAAUCCUGAUGAAAGUGUAUUCAUGUGCGUUGUUGAGAGACAUCCUGCUGCAGGGACGUCUCUACAUCUCCAGAAACUGGCUGUGUUUCUAUGCAAACCUGUUUGGUAAAGACAUCAAGGUUUGUAUCCCAGUGGUGUCAGUUCGGCUGGUGAAGAAGCACAAGACUGCCGGUCUGGUGCCAAACGGUCUGGCCAUCACCAUGGACACUGGACAGAAGUAUGUGUUUGUGUCCCUGCUGUCCAGAGACAGCGUCUACGACGUCCUCAGGAGGAUCUGUACCCACCUACAGGUGAAUGGGAAGAGUCUGAGUCUGAAGCAGUACCUGGAGGAGCCCAGCUCUCUGUCCAUGGACGAGUAUCCAGAGGUGUUGAAGUGGAGGAGGAAACCAUCGCUCCCGGCCGUCUCCUCGUCCCUCCCGGACCUGCUGGGAAACUCCGCCCCCAGCCUCGCCGCCGACGUGCCCUUCAGCACGCACCCGCUCACUGACAGCAGUCUGGAGACAGAGAAGAUCCUGCUGACAGAACCAGUACCUGAACUGGGUCACACAGAGUACCAGCUGCUGAAACUCUUCAUCCUGCUAGUCUUCCUGCUGGUCCUGUCGUCCUGUUAUCUGGCCUUCAGAGUUUGUCGUCUGGAGCAGCAGCUCAGCUUCCUGAGCAGCCAGCCGACACUGAGAGAGAGGUGUGGAGAGGUGCCCUGUUGGCUGGCCAAUCAGAGGACAGGAACCUGACGCCGCAGCCAAUCCAAGUAAAAGAAGAAAAAAAAUCAGCACUUACAUAGACUUGCCAUUAGGGGGACGGCGGUGACAGGAGACGGCUCUUAGGUGGAGACAAGACGACCGCGGCGGCCCGUCAGCAGCUGACCUCUGACCCUGCCACGACCUGGUUACCAUAGAGACGACACAAUAGUCAACACAAACAUGUAGACUGACCUCUGACCUCCGAGGCCGACGUGUUUUGAGCGGACAUGUAGAGAUCAGAGGCUGAGAAACGACUACAGCCUGUAACAUAACUGAGAUGUAGAUUUAUCCUGUGGGGACCUCCUGUCCAAACAGAGACAAAAACCAAGUCCCCCGAUUAGGAAAAAGCUGAUUUCUGGGUCAGAAGCUAAGAACACAAGUCUUUGACAUGUCCCCAAAAGUGACUGAGAUUGCGUAUGUGUGUGCAUAGAUGUCACCCAGACAGAAAAGUCCUCAUAAACAUCUACUAACAAACACGACUGUUAAUUAACCAGUUUCUGCGUCAGCAGUUAAAGUCCUGAAUGUUUUGCGAGCUGUGAUCAGACGACGUUUAGACUUUGUUUUCAGUUUUUUAUUCAAGCUCCUGAAUGUUACAAACUCAGGACUCUCCUGGAUAAGCUGAGCUCUGUGAUUGGACAGUUUGCUGCUGAAAUGCAUCAUGGGAAUGGUAGUUAACUUCCCUCCCUCAGCUCUUACGUCCACAGGCUUCUUGUACCUUUGACUUUUUUAUUUAAAAAAACAGAAAUUAAAACCUUUUACGUACUGUUCUUGAUGCUUGUUAGUAUCUUGAUAUUUAAAGCUGUGUAAACAUUAAAUGUGCACAUGGAUCAGUGAAGAUUAUCUUCUAGUUACUGUGGUCUUCACUUGCUUUUCCUUUAUGUAAAAAAUCCCAUAUUCAGUCUGAAUCUGCAGGAGAAUCUCUGAGAUCUGGAUCCUCCUUUUAGCAAAAGACCUCAGGUAGUUUUACAGUCGACCUGCACCUGCUCUUUAAAAACCUGGAGGAAUUAUUUCAACCUGUCUAUCUCUGCACUGACUGUUACAUAAAGGACAUGGACAUGAACUCAGUACAAAAAGACGAAGAAAACAUAAAAGAGAAGAGUCACCUGAUGUGUUACCGUUUUUUUCUUCAUUAAAAACCUUCUCAGGUUCUGUGAAGAGACAGAAAAACAUUUUUAUCUCACAAACUAAAGUUAAAAUGUUGAUAUUUUGACAGUCGUAACAUAACUCAUCAUUAAAUUAAAUUAUCCAGGAGAGUUGGUCAUUAAUUAAAGAAAACUUUCAACUUUCAGAUGUGAAUUUAUGUUGGAAAAAGUUGGAAAAAGUUCAGGAACCUGCUGCUCUGUCUCCUUUUCCUUUCAUAUCUCAACCCACUGAGUUUUUAAAGCAACAACUACACCAAAAUCAAUAAAGGUUGAUUCAAAUCAAGUCAAACUGCUGCCUUAAACCUGCAAUAUAACCUCUGAUAUUCAUCACUUCUCUGUGAAGGUUGAAUGUUCCUGAUAAAAUGUCUCUUUCCCUGAAUGUGAAGCUGUUUGGUUUUUUUAAAAGCACACUGAUCACUGAUGUGUCUGCAUGAGAUGAAUGUUGAUAAAGAAGCGUUUGUCUUCUACCUGAUCACAGCUGGAACGUCUAUGUAGAUCACUCCACUGCUUCUGCCUGUUAAAGAACAUAUACAGUAGAUUCGGCUGAAGUCAGUUUAUAUGGAAAUGAUGGAGGUGGAGGAUGAAGAGAUGUGAUGCUGUUAGUGUUUGUUUGCCUGUGAAGAAACACACUUAUCUAUAAACUGUAGUUCUGACUGUAACAAAGAGGAUUAUUAAACACGUUUCCUUCU